UUUCUUCGCUAGUCCUGCGGCAAGUGGCCGGUUUUUUGGUCAGCGACAUCAACCUCAGUUUUCCACAUUGCAGCAUCAUAAGCCAACUUCCGGACCCGCUUUUGAAUACCCUACGCCCACUCCGCCAAGUUGCCCAAAGGGUGUCUCAACUGCUACUCCGGUUCGACAUGAAUUUGAAUUGGUAGCGGCUUCAUCACAGAUCGAACUCGCCGCUAGAAAGUUGUUUGCGUCACAAUCACAAUCACAAUCACAGCCGAUCCGGGUACAACCGCCUACCUUCUCGCAGUUUUCCGGGUUCGAUGCUGGUAGUGCUAGUGCUAGCCUCCCUAAUAGCAUUCUGCCAGCCCCCCUCCGUCAACAGUCGCAGUUCUCAUCCAGCAAUCAGCAUCAGCAGAACGAUCUAGCGAUCGCGGGCUCUUCUGCUUCCUCGUCCAGCAGCACAAAAGACGACGCUAGAAAGAAGCACUUCGAGCCCACUGACCAGCAGAAGCAGCUUCGUGAUUUCGUGCCACCGAACCCCGGCGACAACAUUCGGGCGGAAGCGUUGGCUGGAUGUGGCAAAACAACUACUGCCAGCCUGAUUGUGGACGCAUGGAGAAAAAGGGUCCCCGGCGUCAGGCUUGGCUACUUCGUGUUCAACAAGCAGGCGGAGCAAGAUGCAAAGAAUUCCGGAAAGUUUCCGAAGCAAAGUGUUCAAAUUUGGACGACGCACGCCUUUGCCAUGUUCCGCCUACUUGGCUUGGCGGAGGGCAAGCAGCGGCCCAUCGGCGACCCGAAGAGAUUCCAGGUGGAGGCCUUGCUGGGCAACACCAUGGCCUCGGCCUGUAUGGAACGCGUCACGCAUUCGGGUUUCGUGAAAUCGGCGGAGCGGCCGACCAGAGACAGCUAUGUGUUCGAAACGGAGGAGGAAAAGCUGGAUCUGCUGCGGGAUAAGAAGCGGAUGGAAAAAAUCACAGCAAGCAUGACCCAGUUUGUGAUCAAGACUUUCCGAAAAUUCUUGCAGAGCAACAGUGCGCGGGUGCGGGACAAGCAUGCCUUCGGCGCAAUGGUGAAGUUGAAAGUAUGCACACGAGAUUUGGUACCGCGCACGUAAUAAAUUAUGCAACUACGGCAUCACAUAUUUAUUACACCGAAAUUCGUGCUGCAUGACAUUGACAUCAAUGUUCCAACACUCUAGGCAUGAAGGCCGUGAAUUUGCAUUUUGUACAUGCGCAGCGGACGCAAAUUUCACUUGCAUAGAAUGACAUCCGGUCGAAGAAAUCCAGGUGGAAGAAAGCGUUCCAGGAGGACUCGACCUUUCUGGUCCGACGAGCGCAGCAGCUAUGGAAUUUCUACGCACACAAGAUCGCUUUCCUGAUGCCGCAGCACUGUAAGGAUAGAUACCCAAACCCGCUUCCGUUUCUACCGCAGAAGGAUCCGGCACACGAAGCAAAACAGCAAACCAAUGUCGGCAAUCUGUCCGGGGCGGCCGACCUUGACGAUCCAGAUUUUUUCAAAGACAUGAACUUCGGGAAAAACGCGGAAACGAAUCCGCCGGUUCCAUUCGAUGCGUUUCUGAAGGCGUAUCAAUUCCUCCAGGAGGAUUUGGGCACCGGCUUUGACAGAUAUUGUGUAGAACAUCCGCAAACGAGGAUGAUACCUUCGGGGCGGCCGGGUACUAACAAAACCAACGACCCACGAUGCGUCACCUGCCCGGACGAGAAAGGCUGUAAUCGGCAGCAAUGGGACGGCUUUCAUGCCUUGUUGGUGGACGAAUGCCAGGACCUCACACCCUGCCAAAGCGACAUCUUCUACGGACCACGCCAACAGAACGUCUGCUCCUACCUCUUGGGCGACAAGCACCAGCGGAUUUAUGCCUGGCGGGGCGCAGGAACCGACUUUGAGCGGGCGCCGGUGGUGAAGGAGUUCCCACUUUCGAACUCAUGGAGAUUUGGUCCCAAGAUUGGCGCGGCAGCCCAGCUUCUCCUGAACCACGCGAGCGGUGGGCCCGGUCGAGCGGCAACCAUUCGCGGUGCGGCGGAGGUCAGCGACGAAAGUGUCGAGCUUGCAACGGUAGAUGACUUGGCUGCGCACAUACGAGGCGGCGGCAAGGCUGUUAUUUCUUGCAGGAGCAACAAGGGGAUGCUCGAUGAUUUGAUGGCGCUUCGUGCGGUUUUACAGGAUGUGCCGAGAUUCUGUAUGAUCAAA